AUGGUCUUUGAUCUGAGGAUCCAGAGAAAAACUGAAGCUGGAACGAGCUCAUCAGGAAACAUCAUCCUGAGACAAAAGGUGUUUGAAGCACACCGAUCUUCUGAAUCUGUGACUGAGGAAUGCCAACAGUAUCAGCAGAAGGUAGAGGGUAGAAAAAUCUCAGUGAUCGACACUUCAGGACUGUCCGAUUCAUCAAUCAGUGAAGGACAACUGAAGGAGGAAAUAGUGAAGUGUGUCGAGAUGUCUGUUCUUGGUCCUCGUGGAUUCCUGGAUGAAAAAUUCACAGAUGAAGAGAAGACUGUGAAAUGGAUUCAGGAGAACUUUGGAGAAGAAGCUGCACAUUACACCAUCAAUAUGCUCACUAGAGGAGACCAGUUAAAUACACCGAUAGAGAAAUGUAUGACAGAUGAUCAGAUUAAUGAGGCAGGUAAAGGCAGGUAUCAUGUUUUUAGUAACACAGAUGUUAAAAAUCGAUCGCAGGUCACUGAAAUGCUAGAGAAGAUCGACAAAAUGGUGGAAGAAAAUGGAGGACAGCAUUACACAAAUGAGAUGAACCAGGAAGCUCAAAGAAGGAAACCAUUGAGUUUGGCUCAGAAAGCAGCAUUUGUGGGAGCAGGCAUGUUAGGAGGAGUAAUUGGAGUAGCAGGAGCGGUUGUUGGAGGUGUAGCACAUGGAGCAAUUGGCUUAGUAGCAGCACCUGUAGCUUUAAUAGGAGCAGGAGUUGCUCUCAUGGCAGAAGGAGGUGCGUUAACUAUUGAACAUGCAUUGAAAGUUUGCAUGGAGCAGAAGGGAAAUUAA